GUACCAGAUUUGUGAAGCUAAGUAAGAAAGAGAUUAGAGAGGUUGGUAGUAGUUGCACCAGAUCCCUCACCAAUUACCAUUCAUUCCUUCAAUUCAAACCCAAACUCCAAUAUUUCUCACUCUUCUCACCUACCCCUUUCUCUUAUAAAUUUCCCUUUUUUAUUUUCCACUCUUUCUUCUCGCCUCACACACCCAUCAUUCAAAUCAUGGAUUUCUUGCAAGCACCAGAGAAUCAAAUACUCGUGGGUGUGGCCGUGGCUGUUGUAGCCAUUGGGGUUGGCGCAGUCUAUCUCUAUUCUUCGAAGAAGCGCAAUGGUUGCUUGGACCCAGAGGACUUUAAGGAGUUUAAACUUGUUAAGCGUGCACAGCUGAGCCAUAAUGUUGCAAAGUUCACAUUUGCACUCCCAACACCUACAUCUGUUCUGGGCCUUCCAAUUGGGCAACACAUAAGUUGCAGGGGUAAAGAUGCUCAAGGUGAAGAGGUUAUCAAACCAUAUACCCCUACUACUUUGGAUUCUGAUGUUGGACAUUUUGAACUAGUUAUUAAGAUGUACCCACAAGGAAGGAUGUCACACCAUUUCCGUGAGAUGCGUGUUGGUGACUACCUUGCGGUGAAAGGACCCAAGGGACGUUUCAAGUACCAACCUGGCGAGGUUAGAGCAUUUGGGAUGCUUGCUGGAGGGUCUGGAAUCACCCCAAUGUUCCAAGUUGCUAGAGCUAUAUUAGAAAACCCUAAUGACAGGACCAAGGUACAUCUUAUCUAUGCCAAUGUUAUGUAUGAGGACAUUCUUUUGAAGGAAGAAAUUGAUGGUCUUGCUUCUAACUAUCCAGAUCGAUUCAAAGUAUACUAUGUGCUGAAUCAGCCUCCUGAGGUAUGGAAUGGUGGUGUUGGAUUCGUGUCAAAGGAGAUGAUUCAAACCCAUUGCCCUGCUCCAGCACAUGAUAUUAAGAUUUUGAGAUGUGGUCCACCACCUAUGAACAAGGCCAUGGCUGCUCACCUUGAAGCCAUUGGAUAUGCUCCUGAGAUGCAGUUCCAGUUCUGAUUCUCUUCAUUGUGGUGCUUCACAUUACAUGCAUUUCUUGUCCCUGGCCAUUGAGAAACAUAUAGCAACUUUUUGUUUCUUUUUUCCUGAAUAUGAAUCUGUGAAGCAUUGGACCUCAGUGCAUUCAAGCCUGAAAUAAUUGCUUCCCAUAUGAGAAUGAGAUUGAUGCAUUGACCAUCUGCUAGAAUUGCAAAUUGUGAAUUAGACUUGUUAGUAUUGACUAAAAUUGUCAUCACACUGGCUUUAUUUUUCGAACGAAUUUAAAUUAAAGCAGAUACAAAGGUCUU